CUUUCCUCAUCCCAACUCUCUAAACCUUCAGUCCUUAUUCUCUUACACUGACUCCACUUUCGACCAUCUGAUCAUCUGCAAUCUGAGACUAACCUCCUCUAUCAUGCCCUGUGCCUCGAAUCCCGGGAGCCCACUCUCCCCCGGUUGCUGCCGCGAGGCCCACAAGGAACUCAGUCCCGAGAAGGCCUGCGUGAACCCGACGUCCGACCCUCCUUACUGUAAAGACAAACCAUCUCCCUGCUGUGAUGACUCGUGCAUCGAGCGGAUCGCUCUACGCGAAUGCACCCAAACCCGGACGCGGUCUCCCAGCAACAAAAUCCCAGAGCCUCCACACUCCGGCUGUCAACCUUCGGACGGCAGACCCUGCGACCAGCAGCGCCGUUCCGCGCGCACCCGCUACGCAGACAGACUCCAAGCCCUGGGCUGCAUUUGCCGCGCCUUGAUCGCCUUGGGCCAAGAGUCCUGCUGCGCACCGCCAACCGCCCUGUUUUCCGCAACCGGGCGUCGCUCGACGGAAUCCUCCCGAAGUGUCCUGCGUUCCUCUCUGGACUCCGAUGGCGAAUGGGCGCGAGGAGGGGCUCUAUCAUUAUCGAAGCGAAACCAACCGCCAACAACCAUAUUCGUCGGCGAUGGCACAAACGAUGCCGUGGCGCGGGCCACGGCCACGAUCGGCGUCCACAUGAAUCAGGAAACCGGCAGCGAGGUCGCCAAAUCUGCGGCAGAGGUGGUGCUCAUGCGGCCCAGUCUCCUCAGCGUGCUGACCAUGAUCCGUAUCAGCGAGAAGGCCGUGCGCAGGAUCCAAUUCAAUUUUGGGUGGAGCUUCGUGUAUAAUCUGUUUGCUGUUUUGCUGGGUGCGGGAGCAUUUGUGAAUGCGCGGAUCUCGCCGGAGUUUGCGGGAUUGGGAGAGUUGGGUAGUGUCUUGCCGGUCGUUGCUGCGGCUGUGCUGCUGAGAUGGGCCAGGGUUUAG